GACCCCUAUUCCGCCCCACAGACCCCAUGGAUCCCCCCGUCCCCCCGUCCCCCACCAUCACCCGCCGUCGGAGGCGCCGCGAGUUGGACGCUCGUCGCAGUAAAGGCCGGAUCCGACUCGGGGGUCACCUGGAACAAUGGUGUCAACUCAAGGAACAACUCGGCUUCUCCCUUCAUUCCCAAUUGGCCAAAUUCCUAUUGGACAGGUACAGCUCGCAGGGCUGCGUUGUGAGCGCAGACCCCAACCUCCUCCACCCCGCUGCCCUACAACGAUUGGUCGCCCUCUCCCACGGCCACAGCCGCAAGUGCGGCUUCAUCCCCGACGUGAAGCCCCCGACCCCCGGCAGCCCGGCCCCAUUGGUUUGGGAAUGCGUGGCCGGCCAUCGCUUCACUUGGGGGGCCCCCGAUGCCCCAUUGGGAUGCGAUGGGGUCCAGGGGGGUUCGGGACCCACAUCCGUCCCCAUACGACGUCGGUCGUUACGGAGGAUGGGGAUGGUGGAAGAGCACAACGCCGUGAAGGACGAUGCGGAUUGGUCGGAUGGUGGCGGUGAUGGAGCUCCCCAUGGGCAGAUGGAGGCAGAACCCACAGAACCGAACCACGAGAGGGCCGGGGUGGAGGAGAAAGAAGAGCGAGAUGCUGAGCCCCAAGAGGAGGAAGAGGAGGAGGAGGAUGAGGAGGAAGAUGAGGACUUUGCUGAGGAAGAUGAUCUGACCUACAACGAUGAUCUGCGGGAUGAGAACUACCACCCGGCUCAGGACAGCGACUCGGAGCCGCAGCGACGCCAAAUCCAACCCCACAGCAGCCGUAAGAAACCCGUCAAGGAGGAGCAGACCCCAAACGAGCAGAACCCCAUUGAUUCCAAUUCAGAUGAGAAGGGUGGGAGAGUCAGCUACAAGCAUCCAAUGCAUCCGAGCGAUGAAGACGUGGCCCAGAUCGGCCCCAAAAGGAUCAGGAAAGCAGCCAAACGUGAGAUCCUCCUCUGCGACUUCGAGGGCUGCGGGAAGAUCUUCUCCAACAGGCAAUAUCUCAAUCACCAUAAGAAAUACCAACACGUCCACCAAAAGACCUUCACCUGCUCGGAGCCCAGCUGUGGGAAAUCCUUCAACUUCAAGAAACACCUCAAGGAACACGAGAAGCUGCACAGCGACAAACGAGAUUACAUCUGCGAGUUCUGCGCCCGCUCCUUCCGGACCAGCAGCAACCUCAUCAUCCACAGACGCAUCCACACAGGAGAGAAACCCCUCCAGUGUGAGAUCUGCGGCUUCACGUGCCGGCAGAAGGCUUCCCUCAACUGGCACAUGAAGAAACACGAUGCGGACUCCUUCUACCAGUUCUCCUGCGAUCUCUGCGGCAAAAAGUUCGAGAAGAAGGACAAUGUCACGGCCCAUAAGAGCAAAAGCCACCCCGAUUCUACACCGCCCCAAGCUGCGCCAUCAUCCCCACCACCACCACCUCCAGCCGUAGGGAUGGGGAUAGAAGCUGAGCUUCCCAUAGGGGAUGCUAUGAGUGGAGAGGAGAAAGGUGAUGGGGGUAAUGGGGGUGAUGGGGGUAAUGGGGGUAAUGGGGGCGAUGGGGACGCACCUCCUGCUGCAGCUCUGGUUGAGUAAUAAGAGAUUUAAAGGCAUGAUCCGAUGCUAUUGGGUGUUAACGUUGCUGUCGGAAUGGAUCCAGACAAAUAAAGGCUGUUUUUUUGGUAA